CCCAUAACAAACAGAAUAUUAAUACAAUAUUCUACGACUCUUAGAUGCCCCCAGAAAGAAUGACCCGACCAUGACAGACAAAAGUGAAGACCUGGCGUCUUCAGACUCUUCCUCACCACGCGCCAACACCACGAUGAGCUCCAAGAACAGCGCCGCCCGCAUCCCUGCGCCAGAGAAGCCGGAAACAGUGAGGACAAGGUCCUUGGUUAUUGCCGCAUUCUGGUGUAUGAUAAUCUUCUUUGGCUUUCCCAUAUGGUGGAAGACGACUUCGGUUUACAGAGCCCGGCUGCCGAUUGAGGCAAUGGUUGACUGGGCGAAUGGAAAGACGUGUCGACCUGUUUUCCCUCUCGAGAUAUACUUUACAGCGUCAUCGAUGCCAGUGUCGGAUGCGCAACACCUCAUCCGCUCGACACAGCACACCCUCGAUGACCUCAAUGAAUUCUCCGCUCACUCCUUGCGCCUCAAAUUGGUAGACUCCCAAUGGGAUGGCGACAAUUCUACGGUAAACGGCGAUGAGGUGGCAUUAUCGGUCAAACUUCUACCUCAGGAGGGCCUGAGCGCGCCCAAGUCGGUGCUGCACGCAGACACAACCCAACUAGAUGUCUUCUACCCUCCGCACCAGAUUCCAGUCCCUUCGUCAUCAAACUCUCCCUUGUCAACGUUUGUGGCCGAGGAACUGCAGGCGCUGUUCAGUGAGGAAAAGGCCACGAUCGCCCACAUUCUCUCCAGUAGUUCCGCAGCUGGCCCGAAUAUCAAUGCCCCCAUAUCAUCGAAUAAUCCGGUGGGAAGUGCAAUUCGCAACAUCGAUUCGCCGCAACUCGUGGAGACUAUUAUCAGACGGCUACGGAGGUCGAUGAGAUACGCGGAAACAUAUCACUUGUCCUUUUCCCUGUUCACACCCGGGUCGCAGCCUUCGUCCUGGGAUGUCGAGGCGGCCGUCGAAGAGUACUUGGCUCCGCUCCUACAGGCAUUCACACCGAUCAGCAAUUUCACCAUCGAUACCCAAGUACAGGUUUAUGCUACUUUCUCUCCCACCGCACCGCUUCCCGAAUACGACGACUCGCAAGGAGUGUGGACCCUCAAAACGGAAGACCUCAGCGCGUUCAUCAACGCGGCGGAAUGGCCCUUAAGUCCUAGUAUCGGUGCCGGUCCCACUAUCAACUUCAUUCUCUAUGUCCCAGCUCCAUCCCAGGCACCUCUAGUCGUCAAGGAGAACAGAGCAACCAGCUGGAUUAUCCCGCAAUGGGGCGGCGUGGUCCUCCUCAGCCCACCUCUGUCUACCGACAACGAAAACCCCUCGAACCCAAGCCAUCUUCCUCAGGAGUCUCUCCGUCCGGCAUUCAUGACUUUCUCCCACCAACUUCUCACCCUGCUAGGCGCCCCAGCAACCCCUGCUUCCCUCCCACUACGUCUUCAGACCCUGACCCGCAUUCGCGCCGCGACCCUUCUCCUUUCCGCAUCAUCGACAAUGGGCUCCCUAGCCCGUCUCACUGAGUCGCUCCCUUCAAUCCCUAUUCCGGCCUCAGUGGCUACGUCCGUCUCUGCUACCUUGUCUCAUCUGUCUUCCGCAUGUAGUCUGCUCCAUCAAGGCCGUUUCGCGGCCGCACUGGCUAGUGCCCGCGUCGCAGAGACUGAGGCAGAGCGGAGCUUCUUUGAGAAAAGUAUGGUUGGCCAGGUCUAUUUCCCAGAUGAGCAUAAGGUGGCUGUUUAUCUGCCCUUGCUGGGGCCUGUUGGGGUUCCGCUCGUUGUGGGGCUCUUGAAGGAGUUGAAGAGGAUAGCAAGGAGCCGAAAGGCGAAGGGGGGCAUGUCGUCGUGAGAUUUUUCCUUAUUAUAUACAAGAGCACACUUUAUAUCCUCAGACAAUUACCUGGUAUCCAGCCAACCCCUCCUUUGUAUGCGACCGAUAAGUAGCCCAUGACUAGAUCAUACAGACAACAAGGCUAUGUGAUUAUCAAAAUAGGCUGUCGUGUAACCACCCAUGCAAGGUCCGUAGCAUGAAGAACAUGCAGCUUAUUCGCCAUCUUUGCAGCAUCAUGACAGGAUAUGAGUAUCCUGUUUAGCGAGGCAGGGACAAAUAUGUAUGAAUAAAAUACAGCUUGACUUCAACCAUAUUGACAAAUUUGAUUUCCUAGACGCAUAUCCCUAUGCCUGUACAGAUAUAUUUAAGCCAGAAACCAUUCACAAUGGUUU